AUGGCAGGCGGACGCGCAGCCCCGCGCACGAGCUACAAGGAGGCCGACAGCGACGACGACUGGCUUGCGGGCGACGAGGAGGGCGCGACGAAGGGGUUCGAGGACUUGCCGCUCGUCGAGGGCGCGAAGGGCAAGGCAGGCGGCGCGAAGGGCAGGAAGCGCGUUGGAGACACGUAUGGAGCAGGACCGCGCAAGAAGGCGAGGAAGUCGAAGAGCAAGGGCAAGGAGAAGGCAAAGGAGGACGAGGACGAGCCGCUGUUCAGCCUCGACCUUCUCUUCCGCCUCGCGGACGACCUCUUCCUCGAGAUCUGCGGCUACCUCGACGGACGCGACCUGCUCGAGUUCUCGAGGACCUGCAAGGCGAUGCGCAAGACGCUCUUCUCGCCGAAUUCGGGCUACAUCUGGGCCAACUCGCGCCGUCGCGACGACAUCCCGCUUCCUUCCGGCAUGACGGAGCUCGCGCUUGCGUGUUUGCUGUACGGCAAGGGCUGCCAGAUCUGCGGCAACGAGAGCUUCUACUUUCGCCGGGACUGCUACCUCCGCUUCCGCUCCUGCGCGCGGUGCAGGAAGACCUACGUCAUUGCCAAGAGCAAGCUUGCGAGGCAGUGGCCGGACUUGCAUCCUUCUGCGCAUCUUUGCGUGCCGUUUCACGACGAGGGCAUCAACGAAUUCUCUGGCAAUCAGCAGCCCGUCUGGUACCUCGUCUCCGAGCUCGCGGAGGUCCAUAGCCUCUUGCUCGAGCUCGAGGAAGAAGACGAGCUUCUCCGCUAUGCAGCAUCUGGCUCGAUGCAAUUGUCAAGGUCGUCGGGGUACGGGCCCGCUCUCAGCCUUGUCGAUGACUUUGUCAAGUGCAAACGAGCGGAAGUUGCCCAGAAGCAGAAGGAGUCGUCGGCUCUCGACAUCGCUUUCUCCAUGAAGGUUUCUCGUGAUCGCGAAGCCAUGGAUCAGAAGCGGUGGGCGAAGCGGGAAGAUGUGAAGGCGGUAGCUCAAGGAUAUGUCGACGAGCUUGUCGCAAAUCACGGGUGGACCAAGGAGCAGACCGACUGGUACCUUGAGCGCGUGACUUGGAUGGCAUCUGAGAAGCACAAGCCUCCGACAGAGUCGCCGGCGGACGACGAGGAGGGUUGGGGCUCGUUCGGGCGAUACAUCCAGGGCAUCCUCGACCGUCACGCCGCCGCCAAGCAGAGCUGGCAGGUCGCCAAUGCACGCCGCGAGGCCCUCCGCCCGUUCUAUCAGGACUACUGCGAAGCAUCGUCAAAGCCGCCGCAGCUGUUGCCGAGUUUGUACGAACUCGGAAGGCAGCCAUCAAUCAAGCCGUGGCUUCUCCCUGCGUCUCCCCUCUGCGACGAGGCUUUGUGGGAGGAGCGUCGCCCUGUAGUCGACUCUGCGAUCGACGACUUCCAAAUCAACCUUCGCCUGCACGCCAUCCGCCUCAUCCUGAGUGCGACCACAGGUGUUUCCCUCGCCGACCUGUCUUCCGAUCCCGCCGACUAUCCCGAGUCGAAGUACGACGCCGACUUCUUUGACCGUCCAACAUCGCUUUUCGGCGGCGAAUUGGAGAUCCCCUCCAUGCCGGGAGUGACCAUUUACUACCCUCUCCCGUUCCCGAAUUGCCUCGUCGAGCACAAGUCCGACAUGCGCCACCAGGAAACGAUGCUCGGCGGAGGAAUCAACGAGCGACAGGUCAUCUUCAUCCGCCUCCUUCUUGACGCUGCGGGUCUUGACGAAACGACGACAAACGCCGACGAUUUGGUUUACCUCGGCGCGCGGUUCCGUUGGACGAACCACCCGUCGCAGUGGAGGAGCAAGCGGGAGACGAAGAUGUACUGGGCUCAAGCGCUCUACGCCAUGCUCUCGCGUGGCCCGAAGCUCGCACAGCUCAAGGCAGGCGACCUUCCCGAGAUCGAAUGUGUACCUGUCGCAGCGGGCGACGACGAAAAGCGCGACUCGGAGGAAAACGACUCUGGCGAAGACGACGACCCGGACUCGGGCUCGAAUUCGGACGCGGACGGCGACUCCGACAGCGAGGCGCAUUCCAACAGCGGGGGGCGCUCCCUCCGCAGCAGCGACGGAGAGAUGGAGGACGAGGAGGAUGAUGAGGACGAAGAGGAAGACGAGGCAGACGAGUGA